AUGUUUGAACAAGAAAUGGCCGAAUUAAUUGAUGUUAGUGAUGAUCCAAAUUGUGCAAAAUGUGAUGGUCGAGCAGUAUGUAUACGUCUAUCGAAUACAAUUGGUGUCAGCUGUGUAUGUCUUCCCGGCUUUGCUCUAUCGUCUUCAACAGGUCGUUGUAUUCUUCAAGAAAUUCCGUACAAUGGUAUAUGCGAUAGUCGUUAUGAAUGUUUUAAUGGAGGCUAUUGUUCAAAUGUGACAAGUAAAUGCGUAUGUUUAUCAGGUUAUGGUGGUCUUAUGUGUGAAUUGGACAUAAAUGAAUGUGCAAGUAAUGAUCGAGUUUGUGGUUCACAUUCUUGUACAAAUCUACCAGGAGAUUAUAAAUGUGAUUGUGAUUUUUUUCAUUCAGGAAAGCAAUGUCAAAAAAUUAGUGCUAUAGGUCUUUUUGUGGUAAUUAUUUCAACAAUUGCAGUCAUAUUAAUCUUUAUCUUCCUUAUUUUAUGUGCUAUUCGUACAUUUUUUACUUAUCGCUUAUCAAAACGAGUUUCGAGAGAACGUGAACUUCAACUUCAAAAUCCAUGUUUGGCUACAUUAACGACCGGUGGUAUGAGAGGAGAUGAUCUAUUAUCAAAUGGACUAUCAUUUAUUCGUCCUAUUGGUCAUCGAAUCUAUGUACCAAUGGAAACAAGCUUUCUUAAUGCAAUGCGUUUUCAAGCCAAUAUAGAUGAUGAUGAGAAAAAACAGAUUCAAUCACCACCGAAAUAUAUUACAAAUCUUAAUGAUUCAGUGAUUAAUAUCAAUGCGAAUUAA